UUUGUUCGUAGCAAGUGCAAAAAUGCAGCUGCACGUACGAGGAUUGGGCACGCACGUUUUGGACGUCCAGCCGGAUGACAACAUUGCUCAUGUGAAAGCCUUAGUGGCCGAACUGGAAUCGGUCGAUGCGUGCGUACUUCAUCUGCAUUGCGAGGGCAAACCACUUGCCGAAGAUGCCACCGUCGCUCAAUUGUCCUCGGUCGAGCUCGAUGUCACGGUUAACCUGCUCGGUGGUAAGGUGCACGGUUCGCUCGCUCGUGCCGGCAAAGUGAAGGGACAGACACCAAAGGUGGAAAAGAAAGAGAAGAAGAAGAAGAAGACUGGCCGCGCUAAGCGACGCAUCCAGUACAACAGACGCUUCUCGAGUGUAGUCCAGGCGUACGGACGUCGCCGUGGUCCGAAUGCUAACUCGGCCUAGGCGUAAGCGACGGGAAACGACGGGUCAACGUGUAUGCUGCUGAGC